GUCAUUGAAUGGGCAGAUGAUGAGGACUCUGGUCGUCCGCCUUCCUGCUCUUCUCUCAAUCUCAAUAUUUUAGCGACCGACGGCUCUCAGGGACAUAAAUUAUCCUGCAAAGACCUAUCCACUUCUGUAGGCAAAAGCGCAAUCACAGAUCAGAUCACUCAUGGACAGGUGACCACUUCAAUAGUCUCCAAUUCGUGUAAAGGCAUUAGCAACAAUGGAUCCUUAUUCCUUUUGAAUUCCUCUAUUACCUCACAUGGCUUCGAAACAGAUGUAUGCAACAACUUAUCUGCUAUCACCAGGGAAGUUGCACCCCGCUGCCGAAUUCAUCAUUCAGCCAGACCAACUCCAUCCAGAAUGCAUCACAACAUAUCUUCUGGGAGCUCCAGUCGAAGGCGUAAAUACGACUCGGUCGAUAAAAGAGAGCACACCUCUAGAUCGAAAAACGAAAGGGUAAUUGAUAUAGGGGACGAUGAAAAUUUUGGUUCUGGGACUUGUGUAGACGCUCGAGAUUCUGAUAGUGGUCAACCUCGCAUAGGACAUCUUCGUGCCAGCGGUGAUGUAUUUCCAAACCUAUCGGAUGGGCCCGAGAUUAAUGAUUCCUAUUCUCAGGAUGAUAACAGUAAUUCGACCUCCCCGCCAACAGGUGCGGAAGUCGAGGAAGGAGGCAUUGAGACUGAAAAUGAGGGUGUUAAUGAAGACGAUAGGGAACCUGAAAUAAGACAAGAAUGCAAAUACCCAAAUCGAGAAUCCACUCGGUUAACCCAGCGGAGCCGUUAUCCUGUUCGUCGACCUGAACCCUUCGGCGAGGAUGAUGAAGAAGGGGCAAUUGAAGAAGCUUCUAAUGUCGAUUCCGAUAACGAUGAUGACGACGAUACUCCCUAUGAUUGUCGUAGUCGGCUCUUUCUUCCACAUAGGCUCUUGAUGCUACGCGAAACUGCCUCAGACAUUGUUUUGACAACCAGGACGCCUUCACCUCGGACAUCGACCACGAUAGCACCCGAUAUUAUAAAUUGUGCACAGCUAGAGAGACAGUCCUCACAGGAUGCCAUCUCGGAUGCAUACGAUGAUGAUAUUCACUUAGAUGACGCUAACGAUGCUUAUGGUGGUGCUGAUACAGCUGCUAUUACUUUUACGGAUUCUCUCAGUGGUACUGGAGAAAAUAGACAUUGCAGGAAUAGUUCAGAGCAUGAAACAAAUCAGGCUUCCUUAAGAGACUCUUCUCAUCUAGAGCAAGUACUAACCGAAGACAAGGAGAUAUGGUCUCCCACUGACAACUCAUGCAGCUAUAUGAGGCCAAAAGAUUCAAAGCUCCUCUGCUUUGAUGCUAAUACCUCGGCCAUUUCUAUUGUUAGUGAUCGGGAUGCCGAUGAGGAGAACCUCUCUGAUAUAAUUGAUGCUGAUGAAAACAUUGCCUUAACAUCUAGAACGAAGCGGAAUCGGGAUACUCAUUUACCGGCGGCGCAACCAGCAAAAAAGAGCAAAUCUACCCAAAAGGUUUCACUUGGCACUGUUGGUGUUGAGUUCUGCAGACAACCAAAAGAACUGGAAUCUAGUAAGUUAUUUAUAUUUUUACUUUUAUCCCUUCCAAUCCAAAAUGGUGGGUGA